CUAAAGAGGUCUAGUGUAAGGGUUAGAGUCGGGAGAGGCUGGGGAUAAAGUCGAUACUGUUAGUCCUUUGCCUGUUUAGCUCUUGGGUUGUUUGCCUGUUUAACUGUUGACUAGCUUUGGGGAGUUCUUUAUUCUUCCUUAUCUUCGGUUCGCAUGUUCUCCUGUUGAGAGAGGGACAACUAUGGACACCCAAAAGGACGUUCAACCCCCAAAGCAGCAGCCAAUGAUAUAUAUCUGUGGAGAAUGUCACACAGAAAAUGAAAUAAAGUCAAGGGAUCCAAUCCGAUGCAGAGAAUGUGGAUACAGAAUAAUGUACAAGAAAAGGACUAAAAGAUUGGUGGUUUUUGAUGCUCGGUGAAACAUGAAAUUCAGAGGAAUAUCUUCAUUUUUAUUUGGAUUUGUUGUUAAUGUUGUAUAGUUUUUGAUUAGUGUACUUUAUGAAUACAAUUAUAUACACAUGAUUUCAUUUUAAAAAACCAUAUUGUAUUUAGAUACCUAUUAAUAGCUUAUAUAAAGAUAUUAUUUUUUGUUCAGUUA